AUGUCGCCGGCAUCAGUUCGUAUCACAUCGAGGUCUCAGUAUCUCCUGAUUGCCAAAGUUGCGGAGGAGGCUGAGAGGUGGGAAGACAUCGUCAUCCAAAUCAAGGGUAUCAUUCAGACGUUCGGCUCCUUAACUGUCGACGAGCGCAACCUGCUCUCUGUCGCGUACAAGAACAUCACCAACAAGCUGCGUAACAGCUGGCGAAUCGUCGACUCACUCGAGCAGCUGGAAACGUCACGGCCAGCUGAUCGCUCAAAGCGACAGGUGCUCCUCAUACACCGCGAGCGUCGUAGGAUUGAACGGGAGCUGUCGGACGUAUGCCUUGACAUUGUCAGGCUUCUCGACGACAAGCUCGUCUCGACGGCAACACCAGGGGAGGAAACCGUUUUCUAUCUGAAAAUGAGAGGCGACUACUACCGGUAUCUGUUCGAGUUCGCGGAGCCGAAGGACAGAAAUCGGUAUGCGGACCUGUCCCUCACCGCGUACAAAUUUGCGUACAAGCACGCAAUGGCAAUGCUGGACGCCAUGCACCCCACGAGGCUUGGCCUCGCCUUGAACUUUGCCGUAUAUUACCACGACGUGCAGAAAAGUCCUGAAAGAGCAUGCCACCUCGGCAAGCAUGCUUUUGACGAGGCUGUUUCCAACCUUGAUGAGAACUUUCCCGAGGAUACAAUGCGCGAUUCAAUGAUGAUUCUCCGUCUGCUCAGGGAUGACCUCAUUAUAUGGUCAGAAGAGAUACAGAAAGGAGAUGGUGUUAGUGCAUCAUGACGGAUUGUGCAUCGUUUCAUUGGAUUACCACUGAGGAUUAAAUUAUCGCAACUUGUGCCUACAUCAUUUGAUAUGCUACAUCUU